AUGAGGAAAAUCACAAAAACCUCCCAGGAUUAUCCUGACAGCUGGGGAACUCUAACCCAUAAUCCACCUACUCACUGGGAACAUUUUACAUCAGCACUGUGGUUCGUGCGAGUUUGUUACAGAAUUCAGAUCAACCAGCCUCAGCUGAGAUUCGAACCCGGGGCACCUGAGACCCCACAGCCUUCUAAAAAUUUUUGUUGGUUGGAAACUUUCCUUGAACCGAGUUCCUCCAAAGUUCGCCAACAAAUCAAUUUCUCUGGGGGUACCGCAAAAACGGGAGCUGUUACCAGCUGUGCCCUUUUCAACGUCUACAUCAAUGACUUGAUAAACACCUUAACGGAAGUGCCUAACAUCCAUUGCCUCCUUUAUGCGGAUGAUCUUGUUUUCUGGACCACAGCAUCAAAGCGCCACGCUAAAUCAACUGUUGAGACCACACUUAAUCUUGCACUGGAAUCCCUCAGUCGUUGGUGUGAGGAAACUAAUAUGGUAGUAAAUCUGAAUAAGUGUGCCACUCAAACUUUCUCACUAAUGCAUCGACCUAUUAUACCAAAUCUCUCUUUUUCUGGCACUACGCUUGAAAAUGUUGAUUCCUUCACUUAUCUCGGAACCGUUUUUGAUUCUAAACUGAGCUGGAGGAACCAUGUUGCAUUUGUUGCCGAACGGGUAAUAAGACGCCUCCCUAUUUUAAAACGACUUGCUGGCACUCUCUGGGGAUGUGCCCGGUCUACCCUCGCUCUGACUUAUCAAAAAUACAUCCUUCCAAUUUUUACUUACUGCUCUGAACCACUCAUCUCUAUGCCUACAUCCCUACUUCAAAAGCUUGAGGUCUUACAAAACCAGGCCCUUAGACUAAUAACAGGUGCUGUAAAAACUACACCUAUAGACGCAAUGACCUUGCUCACAGGCAUUAAACCUUUGGAUGUUGUCUUUAGGGAAAGGGCUGUCUUACUAUACUUUAAACUUACCCAAAUGGAUAAUUUCUGGACUAACUAUCAACUUACUCCUCGUAAUUUAAAAACUCAAAAUGGAUUUAUUCAGACUGUCAAAGAUCAAUUGGUUGGGAUCGAUCUGCCCCAACUAGAAGGUCAGGUGGAACUGGUGAGCCCUCUUGACUACCAAAAAAUUAAUGUCAGGCUCUCUCUUGAACAGGACAUUGUUAAAAGUGAAACAUCUACCGCUGCUCUCCACGUUCUUGCGCUGGAGACAAUGGGAAUCCGUUACCCGGAACCGCUCUGGCUGAGAGUUUUUACAGAUGGCUCUUUCCAUCCAGAUCAACCAAAUGCUGGAGCUGGUAUCUCUUGUAAUCUCUUCUCCUUUGGUGCUCCAGUGGGUGCCAAUAGAUCUGCUUUUGACGGGGAAGUUGUUGCAAUCCGUAUUGCUCUUAAACAGCUUUUUUGUUCUAUUGAGUCUUUUUCAAAUGUGGUUAUCCUUUCAGACUCGAAGGCGGCGCUUUGCUCGAUUGAAUCUAUGCAUUGCCCUUCUAAUUGCGACGUUCUAAAAUGUCAGGAUGCGAUACGCAAACUCCACCAUUUUGGCAAAACUGUAGCCCUACAAUGGAUUCCCGGGCAUUGUGAUAUUGCAGGAAAUGAAAGGGCUGAUGUUUUGGCAAAGAGAGGCACAAGAAUUCUCCAGGCUCUUAGUAGUCCAGUCCCCUUUUCAACUCUAAAAAGGACUAUUAGAUCAAAAAUCCAUGGGGAUUUCCACCAUCAAUUGUCAGAAAGGUUUACAAUGAGUUCUAAAGCUCGAAUUGGCUCUUGUUGUGUCGCUGUAGGAUGCUGUAGGAGAUCAGGUACAAAUUUGUUAUCAGAAAUCAAGAUGAUCCGAUUCCCUAAAGAUCCUAUUCGGAAAACACAGUGGGAAAAUACUGUUGGACGUAAGGAUUGGACUUCCACAGUUAACUCUCGAAUAUGUAAUAGCCAUUUUAUUAGCGGAAAUAAAUCUGAUGAUCCCAGUCAUCCUGAUUAUGUACCAUCAGUCUUUCAUCAUAAAGCUGCUUUGGCUUCAGGAAGUGUGCAGAGGUUUGAAAGAACUGUAAGGCGUGGAUUAUCUAAUGAUCAAGCUGAUAGUUCUGUGGCUGCCACAAGAUCGAUUUCAACAAUGACAGAAUUAUCCAUGCUGGAUAUUAGCAACUUGGAAAGAGAUUUAUGCGACAGUCAAGAAGCAACCCUCAACUUAAGAAGGAAGGUUUUUCAGUGUGAAAAGUCUAGGAAAUCUUCCUCAGAUAUUUUAAGCAAUGAUAAACAAGUGAACUUCUACACCAAACUAAAAGGAGUUGUUUUAUUUCAUGCUCUGUUACAGUGGUUGACCACUGGGUGGAAACCAGCGGUAAAGACAAGGCUUUCUUCUGAGUCGCAGUUGCUCAUCGUCUUCAUGAAGCUAAGACUUGGUCUUUUAAACCAAGAUCUUGCCUAUAGGUUUGGAGUUGGCUCUGCAACUGUGAGCUACAUAUUUAGAGAGUGGGUGGAAAAGAUGUCUGUAACUCUAUCAUCGUGCAUCGCCUGGCCAUCUCACAGGCCUACAGUCAUGCCUCAAUGUUUCCGACAUGAAAUUUUCCGAAAUGUUAUUUGUGUCAUCGACUGCUCUGAGAUAUUCAUUGACACUGCUCGUAAUUUAGAUGCUCGGAGUCAGACCUACUCCAAUUAUAAGCAUCAUAAUACCGUGAAAUUUUUGAUUGCUUGUAGCCCUGAUGGCGGCAUAAUAUUUUUGUCGAACUUGUAUGGUGGAAGACACUCGGACAAAGAAAUAACGAUUGACUCUGGCUUCUUGAAUUUGGUUAAGAGUGGAGACAAGAUACUAGCCGACAGAGGGUUCAGGAUUGAGGAAGUUGUUGGUUUGAAGGGUGCUAGUAUUGUUGUCCCUGCUUUUACCAGAGGCAAAAGUCAGUUGUCUGGUCGUGAGCCUUCCGUUAAUAUUGAUUUAGAUCUUAGAAAGAUAGAGCAUAUUUUUUCGAAUAAAAGUCUAAAUAGACUAAUUUGGUGUAUGGAUGCCAACAGCAAGUCUGAGGUCUGGUUUAGCCCUAUUACUGACUCCAGAGGUAUUAGAUUGAGCGAAUUCUUUAGUGUUUGGAAUUUGUUUUCGAUAAAUGAGGACUAUGGACCUACUUUUAGUGCGAAUCAGGGAACAAGUUAUAUUGAUGUUACCGUUGUCGGAAUGGAACUUCUUCAGCUGGUUGAGAAAUGGUAUAUACCUGAGUAUGAUUCCCUGUCUGAUCAUAAAAUGAUUGCUUUUGAAAUGAAAAUCUCAAGACCUAACUAUGAUUUUACUAUUUCUGAAACGAAAAACCUCUUUAAUAUUAAAAAAGCAAACUGGAAACUUUUUCAUCUUCUCUGUUCUGAUUCCAUAUUUAAUAUUUUGAAUUCCAUUGAAAAUUGCGAACGAACAGAUAUGUUGGAGGUAUGCGUUCAAAAUUUACAAAAUUUAAUUAUUUCGGCGGCAGAAAAAUCUAUUCCUUUGAAAAAGAGUGGAUCGCAUCAAGUUCCUUGGUGGUCGGUAGAAAUUUCUUGUAUGCGGAAAAAAUUAAAUGCUGCUAGAAGAAGAUAUCAAAGGACUAGAAAUUUCGUUUUAAGGGAGAUUUAUAGAAGCAGUUAUCUUCGUAUCAGGUCUGAGUAUAACUUAAAACUUGAGCAAAGCAAACUAAAUUCUUGGAAGGAUUUUCUUGGGGAUAUUACUGUGCAAAAUGUGUGGAAUAAAAUUUAUACUUAUGGAGUUAAGACCAACUUUGCUAAAAGGCUUGAAAUCUCGGGUAUUGAAGAUUCCCCUGGUCAUUUCACCUCUUCUUUUGAAGAUACGAUUGAUGCUAUAUUGAAGAAAUCGUUUCCUCGUGAUUCUAAAAUGCAGGACCAUUUCAGUCAUAAGCUCUUACGUGACGAGGCUGAAUUGGAUUAUGACGCUAAAGAUGAUGUUCCCUUUUCUAGUGCGGAAGUUGAUUGUGUAGUUGAAAAUUUAAAAGUGAAUAAAACUCCAGGAUACGAUAGAAUUACGAAUGAACUAAUUAAAAAUUUGCAUGUUAGUUGUCCUUCUAUACUGAUGACCUUGUUUAAUGUUUGUUUAAAUCUUGGUAUUUUUCCGAAGAUCUGGAAAAGAGCGAAAGUUGUACCGAUUCCAAAAAAUUCUGAGCUAUCAAGGUCACAUAUUGAUAACUUUCGAUGUAUAAGUCUACUUCCUUGUUUAGGCAAAUGUUUUGAAAAACUCUUCAUAAAUAGACUCAACUUUCAUCUACGACAAUCAAGCCUCUUAAGUGAGGAUCAGUAUGGUUUUACACCUCAGAAGUCGGCUGAAGAUGCUCUGAUCCGGCUUUGUAAUAUAGUUAGACAGGGUAAACAUAAAAAUUUUGUCACUUUUCUUGUUUCCUUAGACAUUAGAGGAGCCUUCGAUAAUGCUUGGUGGCCUGGAAUUCUGCACUUGCUUAGACAACUCAAAGUUCCUAAGAAUAUUUUUUACUUAAUAAAGAGUUUCUUGCACGGUCGCUCUGCUGAUCUUACUCUGGGCAAUAUCACAAAAAACUUUGUUUUGGAAAAGGGUUGUCCUCAGGGGUCCGUUACGGGACCUUUUAUUUGGAACCUUAUUAUGAAUGACUUGCUCUGUGGUUUAUCAGAAUUUCAAAAUAGUUAUAAAAUUGCAUUUGCUGAUGAUCUACUUAUUAUUGUUCAGUGCAAGAACUUUAAUGAUGCUUGUGUUCUUUCUCAGAAUAUCUUGGAUUACGUUUUUGAAUGGUCGAAACUUUAUAAGCUGGAAUUCAAUCCUUUGAAAUCUAAAGUUAUGAUGAUACAUAAAAAGUCGAUACCGGAUGGGGUUAUUCAGUUGACUCUUGGGAAUGAACCUAUUGAAGAAGUAAAGCAGAUAAAGUAUUUGGGAGUUAUUGUUGAUAAUAAACUGCAGUUUAAGCAGCACAUAUCUUAUGUAUCCAGUAAAAGUGAAAAACUUCUUCUUGCUUUAUUGCGAAUUUCAAAAAAUACUUAUGGGGUUAAAACAGAUGUUCUUAAAUUAAUAUAUAAUCAAGGUAUUGUACCACUUAUUUCAUAUGCUUCAGGAUCUUGGGGAAACUCUUUGAGAAAGAAGAUAAAUAUUAGAAUCCUUAGAAGAACUCAAAGAAGAAUUCUUCUACGUAUUAUUCGGGGAUAUAGAACUGUUAGUUAUGAUGCGGUCUUUGUUAUCGCUGGUCUUCCGCCUAUUGAUUUAAUUAUCUUAAAUAAUCUUGAAUUAAAGGAGAAGAUAAAAGACAACGAUUGUCUAACCCUGGACGGGAAGCUUCCUAUUUCAUGUUUGCCCCACCCAGCAUGCAGGAAACCUGUUAUAAUUAUUCCUUAUGUAAAUAAUGUUUUUCAGGAAUAUAAAACUAUCUGCUUUACGGAUGGUAGUAAGCUUGAUGGAAGGGUUGGUCUUGCUUUUGUAAUUUAUGAAAAUGGAACAGAGAAGGUUACUGCCAAGCACCGACUACAUAAUGAAUGUACUGUUUUCCAGGCUGAACUUUUGUGUAUAAACCUGGUUGUUAAGUGGAUACAAAAUUCUUUUAGUGAAAACCAAAUUUUUAAAUAUCUCAUUUGUACAGAUUCUCUUUCUUCACUUUUUCUUUUGCGUGACACGACUUCUACUGAGAAGCUUGUGGUGGAAAUUCACUCGAUUUUGAACGCUCUUGAAAACGUAACUAUUCAUUUUUCUUACGUUCGUGGCCAUAGCGGUAUUUUGGGCAAUGAAAGAGCAGACCAAUUGGCUAGGGAAGCUACGUGUGGUGAAAUAGACUUAAGGGUGUCUGUUCCAGCUUCUCACUGGAAGCGCAUCGCUAGAGAUAAAAUCAUUGCGGACUGGAAUGCUGAAUUUCUUGCUUCGCCUCGGUCGCUUUGGACGAAAAGGUUCUUUCCAUCCAUUUUUCACCGUUUGCAAUGUAAAUUCUUUGCAACUGAUUUUAAAUUGACCCAAAUUUUAACAAACCAUGGAAAUUUUAAGAGAUAUUUAUUUCGUUUCCAUCUGCAGACCAGUGGAAUUUGUGCUUGCGGUGAUGCUGAUGAAGAUGCUGAACAUAUUCUUCUUCAUUGUAGUCUGUAUGCGAGUGCCCGAAUGAAUUUAAAGACUGAUUUGAGACGUCUUUCUAUUUGUUGGCCACCUGUCUUGUCAGAACUGGUCAAAAGUAUUGAAAGUCUUGCGGCCUAUAUGUAG